GAUUGGCCGUGUCACUGUCACUAAGUUAGCAGUGUGUUAACCACAACAACACAGCCAGAAAAAGACAGAUAGAGAGAGAAAUUUAAUUUCUUAGUUUUCAUUACAUACAUUAGGGCUUGAUAAAGAUGGUUUUGCUCAUAAUCUUAACAAAUCAUUUAUAAUAAUAAUAAUCUUAUUUUCUUAGUAUAAAUAUAAAUCUCAUUAUAACAGAAGCAUAAAAAAGUUUGACAAGUUUAUUCCAAUUUUGUUGCAAUAUGGGAAGAGGAAGAGUUGAGUUGAAGAGAAUUGAGAACAAAAUCAACAGACAAGUUACCUUCGCUAAACGUAGAAACGGGCUUUUGAAAAAAGCUUAUGAGCUUUCUGUUCUCUGUGAUGCUGAAGUUGCUCUUAUCAUCUUCUCCAAUAGAGGAAAAUUGUAUGAGUUUUGCAGCAGUUCAAGCAUGCUCAAAACGCUAGAGAGGUAUCAGAAAUGUAACUAUGGUGCACCUGAGACUAAUGUAUCUGCAAGAGAAGCCUUGGAGUUAAGCAGUCAACAGGAAUAUUUGAAGCUGAAAGCACGUUAUGAAGCAUUACAACGGUCCCAGAGGAACCUUAUGGGAGAAGAUCUUGGCCCUCUUAGCAGUAAAGAGCUAGAGACACUUGAAAGGCAGCUAGAUUCGUCCUUGAAGCAAAUAAGAUCAACAAGGACCCAAUUCAUGCUGGACCAGCUCUCUGAUCUUCAACGCAAGGAACAUAUGCUAAGUGAGGCUAACAGGUCCCUCAGACAAAGGUUGGAAGGGUAUCAAUUAAAUCAACUCCAAAUGAAUGCUUGUGUUGAAGAAAUGAGCUAUGGUCGGCAUCCACAUCCAAGUCAAACUCAUCAGGGUGAUGGCCUUUAUCAACAACUUGAGUGUGAGCCAACAUUACAAAUUGGUUAUCAGGCCGAUCCAGGGUCAGUGGUUACAGCAGGCCCAAGCAUGAGUAAUUACAUGGGGGGAUGGUUACCAUAGUGGGAAGCCCAAUAAUAUCCACACCUCCAGCAAAUUUGCGGUUCCAAUUUUAUUUUAAAAAAAAAAUUACUAGAAAAAUUAAUUUCUUUUGACAAGUAAUGAACUACUAAGUAAGUUUCUACUGUGUAGGAACAAUGUAAGCAGUUAUUUUCUAUGUGUGGGCUUUCAUAAAACUGCACUUUGUUUCCUUCCCUUUCAUAAUUAGAUUUAUCUAAAUAAUAAUAUGUUUUCAUCAA